CCCGCCCAAACUUUUGAAGCGCUCAGCCGCACGGCUGAAAGAGCGCGCCAUGACGACGCAGACCUUGCUGCCGGUUCAGUCGACCCACAGCCGCUGCGGCAAGGGCUGGCCCGCCUUUUGGGUCACCGUGGUCUGCAGCACCGCAGCACUGGUGCUCAACGGCUUGAUUGUGCCGUCCUUGUCGACCGCCUUCUUCAACGGCGGGACAGACCCAUGCAUCGGAGCCCAGCACACCUCAGUGGCGUGCCAGGAGGCCUUGGCCAAAGGUGCCAAGAUUGGCUCUGCUUUCACCCUGGUGGGCUCGGUGGGCGUCUUCUUCUGCAGUCCCUACAUCGCCCUACUCUGUGAUCGCGUGGGCCGAAAACCCAUGAUGACUCUCGGGGUUUGCAUGAACUUCCUUACCACUGCCUCUUUGCUGGCCGUGGAGACCUUGGGCAUCUCACUUUACUUCUACUACUGCUUCAGUGUGCUGAUGGCGAUGAUGUGCGGAACCGUGAUCUUUAGCCUUUGGAUCGCGGACCGCACAUCCCACGCAGAGCGCGUGGCCUUCUUCGCGGCGCUGGCGGCGGCCAUGGACCUCGAGCAGAUCGUGACGCCCCUGGCGGCCUUGGCGGCCUCCAGCAGGAACUGCUUGUUGCUGGCGACAUCUCUGUCCCUGGCCUCCGUAUUGAGCACGGUGUUGGGCAUCCCUGAGUCGAUGGACGAAUCUCAGCGGCGACCUCUGUCUGGCAACUUGCAGCCCUUCAGGCUUCUGAAGGCAUCUGGUCUGAUCAUGCAGAAGAAGUACAGAGGGCUCACCAUCUUGAUGUUGGUGAGCAGCGCCGUGCACGCAGGCUGCGGGGCCAUUUUCAUGUUCUACAUCAAGGCGCACUGGGGCGCCACCAUCCAGGAUGUGGCGCCCAUCAUUUUUCUCAACGGCAUCAGCAACAUGAUCGUGCAGGUCUUCGUGGUGAAGUCCCUGACCAAAUGUCUCUCGGUGAGAGGCAUCAUCCUGGUGGGCUACUUCUUCGGCGCGGUGAAUUGCGCGGUGAUCUCCUUUGUCCCCAACUUCCAUGACCUCUACUUCUUGUCACUGACCACAGGCCUUGGGGUCAUCUUCAACCCCGCCAUCCAGACCAUCUAUUUGAACGCCGCCGGUCCUGAGGAGAUGGGCAAAGUCCAAGGUGCCGUGAACUCGGUGCAGACGUUGACCGGGGGCCUGGGCCCGGUGCUCUUCAGCUCUUUGAUGGUCAGCUUCCAAGCGCCCCACUUCGGCCUCACCAGGACUAUCUAUUGCGUGCCCUACCUUUUGACCAUCUUCUCCAACUUCGUUUGCAGCUUCGCGGUGAGUACCAUGACUCUGCCCUCGCCCGACGAGAGCCCGGAGCACACCACCUCCACCACCUCCUUGCAAUGCGCCUCAUGACACGCGUCUCACGCGUGAGACGGUCCCACCGGAACGCCGGCGAAUGCGCAAAAGACGUAGCGGAAUCGGAAGAGGCA